UUAAUAUGACUCUUAUAAAGAGAAUAUCCUGGUGAUUGGUGAAAAAGAUAACAAAGAUACUCACAAAGAUUAUGGAGAAUUGGCGCAAAAAUUUUUUGUUCAAAAAGUUUGUUCGCCAUCAUUGCCGGUGGCUCAGGAAUAUGCGCCGUGUGAAUGCAAACAUUUGGUGACUGGUGCGAUUGGGAGGAGGGACCCGAAUCCCUACGAGUAUAUUCUCAUUUGCCCCCUUCGGGAAUAGCAAUAUUAAUUCUGAGACUCCCGCAAUCUCUUGGAAUACCAAAACUGAACCCCAUUUUCUCCGAUCCCUCGUCUUCAUAGUUCAGACUCCCCAACUCCACUGUCUCACGUCACCUCUUACUCUGUGUUUCAGAAAGCUCAUCGCCGACUUGAAGUAGAUCGGAAUUCUCCCGUUCAGGAAGCAGAGAAGGAAUUCUAUUUCUCUUGGAUGAAGUAUACCAUCAAUCAUGGAGUAUGCUGUAGUUUGAGAGAGCAAAACAAAAGCCACUAAUAUUGACAUCACUUUUGCAUGCUGAAAGCCUAGAGUUUAUCGAGGUUGAUGCUUCUGGAAUUGAGAUGGGGAGUCCACAAAUAUGUACAAGAUCAAGAUAGCUGAUAACCUACUGCAGGGAACGGAGACGGAAUUCUAUUGCUCUUGCCAGCAUAUACCAGCAAUUUUGGAUGAUACUGUGAUUCAAGAGAGCAAAAUAAGAUCAACUAACGUAGACAUUAUUUUGCCUGUUAACAGAAGUGAGUUUAAUCAGAUUAAUUUUGCAAUUCAGACGAGGAGUCAACAAAUAUAUUCUAGAUCAAGAGUGCUAAUAACCUCUUGCAGGAAGCAGAGAAGAACUUCUAUUGCUCUUGCAAGCAGUAUACAAGCAAUUUUGGAGGAUAUUGUGAUUCAGGAGAGCAAAACAAAGGCCAUUAACAUAGACAUCAGUGUGUUUGCUGAAAGCGCUAAGUUUAUUGGGUUAACUUAAAUACUCGUUUUAGCAGGUUAAGUAUUCCAUUUCAUAUUUACCACUUAUGUGUUAAGGAGAAAUCUAGAAACACUCUAUUUUUGUUUCCCUCCCCCGCGAAAUAGGAAAGGGGCCGAGCUGACUGAUGAGUGCCUUUUUAGCCUUUAUUUAAAAGGCUCUCAUGUGGAGCUAACAUGGCUGGCUACAUACAAGUAUAGCCAAAUCAAGAUGAUUUUGCAAUUGAAACGAAGAGUCCAAGAUGUAUCCAAGACCAAGAGUGCUAAUAACAUAUUGCAGGAAGAGAAAUUUUUUUAUUUCUCUUUCAACCAGUGUACCAGAUAUCAUGGAGGAUGAGAGCAAAACAAAGUCCACUAACGUCGACACUACUUUGCCUGGUGAAUGCACUGUUUUUGCAUCUGAAACAAGGAGUCGACAGAUGUAUCCAAGACCAAAAGUGCUAACAACUUAUUGCAGGAAGAGGAGAAGGAAUUCUGUUGCUCUUGCAAGCACUAUACCAGCAAUUGUGGAGGAUGCCGUGAUUCAAGAGAGCAAAACAAAAUCCGCUGAUGUGGACAUCACUUUGCCUGCUGAAAGCAGUGAGUUUGUUGAGAUUAAUGAUUUUGUCAUUGUUACAAGGAGUCAACAAGUACAUCCAAGACUGAGAGUACUAAUAACCUAUUUCAGAAAGAGGAGAAGGAAUUCCAGUAUUCUUGGAAACAGUUUACCAUCAUUCGUGGAGAAUGUUGGCACUUGCGCUUUUGGGUCUUCAACCAAUGAAUUUUUCGAUGAGGAAAGACAAUCUUUAGCUGAAAGUAGUUCUUCUCCUUCAAGUUUGUGUGCUUUCAUAGAUGAGAAGACUGAAAUCACAAAUGUUGGGGCCUUCCCUCCAUUGAGGAGAGCGCUUAAUGGACGUUCAAAUAAAAAGCUUCUAGUACUUGAUCUGAAUGGACUCCUUGCUGAUAUUGUUCCGCUUCAACAUGUGCCGUAUGGUUUCAAAGUGGACACCAUUGUUCCAGGGAAAGCAGUUUUCAAAAGGCCUUUUAAUGAUGAUUUUCUGCAAUUCUGCUUAGAGAAAUUUAAUGUAGGUGUUUGGUCAUCGAGGAUCAGGAAGAAUGUGGAGUUGGUUCUUGAUUUUCUACUGGGAAAUGCCAAGGAAAAAUUGCUCUUCUGUUGGGAUCAAUCUCAUUGCACUGAUACUGGUUUCCCUGUUGUUGGUAAGAGGAGAAGCAAACCUAUUAUUUUGAAGAAGCUUAAAAAAUUAUGGGAGAAGUUUGAACCAGAUCUUCCAUGGGAGAGGGGUGAAUAUGAUGAGUCAAAUACACUUCUGUUGGACGAUUCUCCUCACAAGGCCUUGUGUAAUCCACCAAACACAGCAGCAUUUCCAAAUACAUACCUAUACACGGAUGAGAAAGAUGACUCAUUAGGACCAGAGGGUGAUCUGCGUGUUUAUCUUGAAGGACUGUCCAUGGCUGAAAAUGUUCAGAAGUAUGUAGAGAGUAAUCCAUUUGGUCAACGACCAAUCACCGAGAAGAAUGUAUCUUGGCGUUACUAUUGCAAGGUCAUUGAAGCCGCUACAUGCAUUCCAGAACAUAGUGCUAACAGAUUCUCAACUUACCAAUACUGAUGCAACACUUGAAUUUUUGCAACUAUUUCUGUCUUACUCAGUUGGCCCAAUCUUUUGGAUUGCUUUAGCUGCGAUGCCUGCUUUGGUUGGGAUUGAAUAUUUUGCCUUUUGCUUUGCAAGCUUUACACCGCGGACACAGCAACUGAGAAAGCUAUUUUCGUACAGUUAGUGGAUAUAGUAGCCUCAUCCCUGACCCAAAACUGUAAAAUAUUUCCUUCCCAGUCAAAUAUAUUCUUCUUGUUGCAAGCUGUAACGAAGGGAAGUUCAUGUUGUAAAAUUCCAUCCAAGAACAAAGACGUAUUAAUUGUUUUGUUGUAUUUUUUUGGACCAAA